AUGGCGUUGACUUCCGCCUCGAAAUUUGAUAACGGCGCGAGCAAUGAGCAGAAUAAGGCCGAAAUCUUACAUCAUGAAGCUGAGAAAUUUGGCGAGCAAGAUCAUAACAGUCAGGUUGGAGCGGCGCUAAAGAAGGUGGAUAGGCGUCUUCUACCGAUGCUGACUUUAUUAUAUCUCUUGUCAUUCCUGGACCGAGGGAAUGUGGGCAAUGCACGAACUCUGGGAAUGCAAAAGGACCUCAAUCUUACCGACACGCAAUGGAACUUGUGCCUUACCAUAUUUUUCUUUCCAUAUGCCGCUUUCGAAGUUCCAAGCAACAUGAUCCUGAAAAUUUUGAAACCAAAUGUGUGGCUUACCGCCCUACUUGUUGCAUGGGGAACCACGACCACUCUCACAGCAUUGGUGAAAGACUAUGGUAGUCUCCUAGGCGCAAGAUUCUGCCUAGGCCUUGCAGAGGUGAGAACAUCCAGAAUUCUCAACGAUAUUGUCUUCAAGAAGCUUAUGCCUAGUCGCAGUCCGGCUUCUUUCCUGCUGCUACUUAUCUCUUAA